AUGCUCCAGCCAGAGGUGGGCUGCAGAAGGCGCCGAGUGUCCGGGCGCAUGGCAGUCCUCUCGGGAUCGCGGGGCCCCCGGGCCUGGGGAGCCACGGAGGUGCGCGCGCGGCAGCGGGGUGCAGCCCGGCCCCGGGACAGGGUCUAUUUGCAUAGAGGAAACUGCCCAAAGUGGCCGCUGUGGAGGAGCUGGCGGCGGAGAGGGGGGCGUGCGCCGUGCUCCGCUGCUUCCCCGAGGCCAAGCUCCGCGCCCGGCCAACCUCGUGCCUCGGGCUCUCCCGCCUGCGCCCGCCGCUCCCUCGCACCGCCCCCUCGGAGACCCACGCGCGAGCCGCGCGCCAUGAGCUCGGGCCAGCGCGCCUGCGGCGACGCGCGGAAGGACGGCCAGGCGGGCUUCGGCGUGGGGCGUCCCGCGACGGCAGCCGGGGCCUGGGCGGUGAGCGCCGUGUGCCUGCUGCUCUCCGUGGGCUCGGCGGCCGCCUGCCUGCUGCUGGGAGCCCAGGCGGCCGCUCUGCAGGGCCGGGUGGCGGCGCUCGAGGAGGAGCAGGAGCUGCUGCGGCGCGCGGGGCAGCCGAGCGCCCUGGCUGCCUGGGCCGAGCCGCACCUGGAGCGCCUUCUGCGCGAGAAGUUGGAGGGACUGGCCAAGCACCGGACAGUUCGGGAAGCACCGACCGCGUGUGUCUGCCCACCAGCUCUGAUCUGCCCUGCAGACUUUUCUAGUCUGGACCCGCCCUCUGCAGCUUGGGGCUCCAUCUGA